UAUCGAUGAAACGCAUGGCGGAGUAACUAUCUUCUAUUGUGUAUUACAGGUGCAAUCAGAUUUGCUCUAUGUAACAUUUCUUGUUUUAUUUGGAUUAUUUUUACAGAAUUCAUUUCUGUUGGAUUUGUUUUGGUAUUCAUAUUUUCACGGAAAUUAAUCCGUGGAGGAGCAAAGACAAAAAGUAUUAUAAAGAUUGACAAUGGCAGAACGUGCAGUGCAAAAACUUUUUUCGAAGAGUGUUGCAGCCAAAAAACUUCUCCAAAGUCAGAAAAGGAAAUGUUAUACGGGUGUUACUCAAAAUGUGUCAGCUGUUAGACUUAUUGCUGAAGCUGUUGCAGAUCGAACGGACAAUACACAAAGUGUGGUAGAACCUAGGACACUUGAUGAUUUACCGGGACCCCGGGGCUACCCCGUAGUGGGAACAGCCCCGGAAUAUUUCAGGAAAGCCAAUAGGGGACAAAUGCACGAAGUGCAGAGACGAUUUCACCAAAAAUACGGGAAAAUGUUUAAAGAAAAACUUGGACCUGUUACCAACGUUUCCAUUGCUGAUCCAAAUCUUGUUGAAGAACUCGUUCGAAAAGAGGGAAAAUAUCCAUUUCGUCCCCCUUACGAUUCAUGGAUUCUGUACAAGAAAAUCCGAAAUCAAAAAGCUGGCAUUAUGUCUGCUGUUGGACCAGAAUGGCAUAAAAUGCGUCAGGCAAUUAGCAAACUCACCUUAAGGCCGAAAACGGUACCAGAAUAUAUAGAUAUCAUGAAUGAUGUCUCAGAACUUUUCGUGAACCGAGUACGAUUUCUCAGAGACAACGAGGGAUCUGUACAUAACCUUCCUUCAGAGCUCAAUAAAUGGGCGUUGGAAAGUACUGCAGGCGUUAUUUUGGAUAAGAAACUAGGUUGCCUAGAAAAUGAUGUUGAACCAAGAAUAGCCGAUUUCAUCAAUGCUAUUGGAAACAUGUUCUUGACAGGUCAUCAACUGAUGGUUUUUGCAGACGUUCACAAAAAACUCAACACCAAACCAUGGAGAACCCACGUGAAGUCCUGGGAUACCAUUUAUUCAGUUGCCACACAACUGUUCGACAACAAAAUUGCAGAAAUAAACGAAGCUUUGAAAAACGGCGAAUUAGAAAAAGAAAAUGCUGUCGGAUUCUUGCAACAUAUGAUUUCACAUACAAAGCUUAGCAUGGACGAGAUCCAUGUCAAUACAACCGAACUUCUUUUAGCAGGAGUUGACACAGUUUCAAAGGCCCUUGGUUUUAGCUUUUACCUUCUUGCAAAAAAUCCAAAUGCCCAGGCAAGAUUACAACAUGAAGUCGAUACAGUGUGCAAAGGAAAACCAUGCAACGCCGAAAAUCUCCAAAACAUGCCAUACUUAAGGGCAGUCAUGAAGGAAAGUUUAAGAAUGUAUCCUGUUAUACCAAUCAAUGCCAGGGUAAUGCAAGAAGACACAGUCAUAAAUGGUCACCUUAUACCAAAAAAUACAUGUGUUUUAUUGAAUGGAUAUACCAUGGGUUACAAUGAACAGUAUUUUCCGGAGCCAGAAAACUUCAAACCAGAACGGUGGUUGAGGGACUCCGGGAAUAAACAGCAUCCUUUUGCCAUGCUGCCAUUCGGAUUUGGCAACAGAAUGUGUGCUGGUAGACGAAUCGCAGAACAAGAAUUGUUUCUUACCUUGGUUAAAACAGCACAGUCAUUUUGGAUGGAAUCCACAGGAGAGGAACUUAAAACGACAUUACGGACAGUCAUCACUCCUGUUGAUCAAAUUCCUAUCCAAUUUGUUGACCGAUAAGUGAAGAAAUCCGAACAAAUUCGGACAAAAGACAUCUUGUUCCAAUAUCAAGAGGAAAGUUUCGAAAUCCAAAACAAGAAAACUAGUUCUUUAAAAGAUUCAGUAGUUUUCUGACAUCCCCUGAGGUGACAGUUCUAGGACACGUGGCCAGUGGAUGUAAUUGCCAGUCUGGAGUAAACGUCAUUGUCGAACUGUACAUAAACCUCCAAUGAACAGAAUUCAAGGGUGCUUCUUUUUUACGUGAUAGACUCGGAUGAGACGGGUACUGAUGUGUUGUUUAUGUUAUGUGUCACGUGAUCGUCUUCAUUGACUUUUGAACAAUGCAAAGUUCAUCUAAGAACUCUCUCAAUUCUCAUGUUCAUUAUGUUGUCUGUAUGACUGUAGCAUUCAUGUACAUUGUAUGUAAAUCACUUAUUUAUUAGACGAUUCUCUUCAAACGAGUCAGAGUUUCAAGACCAUGUGAGCGUCAAGGUAUAUGUACCACAUCUUCGUCAGCGUUAUUUUUCUGAAUUGAAGAAUGAUCUAAGCUGGUAUUAUUCUUAAGUAUUCGUUUGAAGAGAAAAUACAAUUUGAGGUGCAAUAUUUAUUUCGUCAGGUAUACAGUGUUGAAUGAUAUUGUAUGAAAAGACAUUCGUAAUCAUGAUACACUCUUAAUAUGUGCAAUGAACAAUUUCAUUUAUCAUAAGAACACACCAUACUAAGGGUUCCUACCGGGACAUGACUCUGUAAGGGUGUGCCACUCUUUGAAGUCACUUCGUGUGUGAAGUUCACUCACUGACUGUUGUGCUAAAGUUAUAUAUGUCUUCAAAGAUUAUUGGUGUCAAUUCGUCAAGAAGUCGACGAUUUUUAUUCAAAUGAUAACUGUUUUAAUUGUUAACCUUUAUAACUGUAAUUUGACAUGCAUAAUAAUUUAUGAAAUGCAAUUUAUACCUCAAUUCUAAACGACACAUCUUCUGUCAUUUGUUUAAUAGAAAUAAAAGUGAAAAAACCUUA